AUGGAUACGACCAAAUUACCACUAAAUCAACGGAAAGAAACCGGCGAUGUAUGCAGACUCCUGGACGGUCAUGACGUUGCCCGCAAGUGUAACUCAAGACAAGUUUCAAGAUGUGAUGUUCGUCCCUAUCUACUAGGCAUCGAAAUAAAACUUCGUUUAACUCCAAUAAUUACUGUAUUUAUUGAGGAAUUGAAACAGGCUAAUAUAAUGUCUCAGCAGAGUGUAGCUGAUGCGGAUGUUGAUAUUGUGCUCAAGGCCAUUGAGACUGCUUCUGGAAACCGCAACAAUGAAGUGGUUAUUGUUUCGGAAGACACUGAAGUCUUAACAAUGCUUGCUGCACCGAAUCUAGAAGUAUUCUUGCUGAAGCCGCCUUCUGCUAGAGUACCUGAUGGUGUGUAUUCUUCCGAGAGCUUAACACCCAGAAGCGCGUGCAUCAGGUUUCAUAUAUUAUUUCUAGGUGCUAUCGAGGGAAAGUAA